AUGACUCCCGCUCCUAUUGAUUCUCGAAUCGUCGACGUCGCUCCGCCCCGGAAGGAUACCCUCGGCCUCCCAACAGCAGCCCGCGAACGCCUGGAAAAGGAUGGAAUUGACCUGGCUGAUGGCUAUCCGUAUAGACCCUCUCGGCCUCUCUAUCUAGACGAUGUUUAUAAGAUUCGUGACUACGAUCGUGCGCAUGUAGACCCGGGGUCCCGUGCGGAUCCAGAGAAAAAGGCUCUUCUUUCUGCAGCAAAAGAAGUCAUCCACCUGACCAAGCAUAUUGGGACUGAGAUUGUUGGUCUUCAGUUAAAAGAUCUAACGGAUCAGCAGAAAGAUGAGCUAGGCUUGCUGAUCGCUGAGCGAAGCGUUGUCUUCUUCCGUGACCAAGACAUUACUCCUCAGCAGCAAAAGAGCCUGGGAGAGUGGUAUGGUGAGAUCGAAGUUCAUCCUCAAGUCCCUCAAGUUCCUGGAGUCCCCGGGGUGACUGUCAUCUGGCCCGCUUUGCAGGCUACCGAAUCGAGACCUAACUAUCGUCGACCUGGAGGAAAUUCACGCUGGCAUACAGACCUCGUUCAUGAAAGACAACCAGCUGGUGUGACACACCUGCAUAAUGACACCGUGCCAACUAUUGGCGGUGACACCCUUUGGGCAAGUGGAUAUGCAGCAUACGAGAAGUUGUCACCUGGAUUCCGUAAGAUCAUCGACGGGAAAACCGCCAUAUACAGAUCUGCUCAUCCCUACCUGGAUCGUGAGAAUCCAGAAGAGGGCCCUAAGUAUAUCGAGCGCGAGCAUCCCCUGGUUCGUGUUCAUCCGGCAACGGGAUGGAAGGCACUGUGGGUGAACCGGGCCAUGACAGAUCGAAUUGUGGGUCUGGACAAAGCAGAAAGUGAUUUGAUUCUUGGAUACCUGUUUGAUGUCUACGAGAAGAAUGUUGACAUCCAAGUCCGCUUUAAGUGGACACCCAGGGCAAGCGCCCUAUGGGAUAACAGAAUCACAAUGCACAAUGUCAGCUGGGAUUAUGAAGGCUCAGAGCCAAGACAUGGAACCAGGGUGACAGCGCUCGCAGAAAAGCCAUUCUUUGAUCCAAAUGCUCCCACGAGAAGAGAAGGACUGGGUAUACUUGGACCAGAUGAGAUCCAAGAACUGGCAGAACAGUAA